AGUAACUCAAAUCAAUGUGAACUUUUUAUUGGUGAUGGAAAAAAAUACACAGUUUUUGGAGUGACCUCCUUUAAGUCAUCCAAUACUCCAAGCAACUAGUCCUUCUCAGUCUGACCUCCAAACCGGCGCAUUGAGACAAAAAUAAACGUUUGAAAGUGGACUUUCAUGAAUGUAACGUACACAAUUCAACUUCCGCUUCUGCUUCUGCUAGUCAUGAACUACUACUAUCUUAAGGUACUUGACUAACAAAUGCACACGCACUUAAACAACCUAUCGAUCGGUAGCUAUGAGUGGGCCACACGAGACGAAUUGACCUGGAGGCUUAAACAUCUUUACAUCUGUCCAUUUUGCUCUGAAUUUCGUCAGUGUAUAACAUUAAAAAGCAAUUUAACGUCCACACAGGAUCUCUUCGUUGAGUAACAUACCGCAAACUUCAAAGCUAUGAGAGGAUGUGUUCAACCACGAUAAAAAGAUAUGAUAUUUGUCAAUCACAUCGAAAUGAUUUAAGGUUUGAGAAAGAUUUGAUUCAUCUGCUCAAAGGUGCUGGCUACUGAUGGAAGCUUCACCAGAACUGGGCUAUUUGCAUACUAUUCAAAUGUCCCAGAAUGCAAUGGCGUCCACUUGCUGUGCCGCUGUUUUGUAGGUUGUUUUAAUAUGUUUGUUGGUUAUAAGAGAACAUUUCGGAAUACAUUUGAUAAUGAAUAUUAAAAGAAUAAAACCAUGACGUUUCGAAGUCUUCUUUUGGUUAUAAAGUUGCAAAUGUCACUUUGUGGAUAAUUUGCUUUUUGUUUGAUAGCCCCAGACCCGUUUUCCUCUCCUUGGCAUUUAACUGACUCUAUAGUUCUGGAUUUACCUUUAUACCCUUUUGCAGACCAGUUUUGCAGCGAAAAACAAAGGUGCGAAAGGAAAACUUGCAGUAACUGAUAAGCAUCACCAAUAAAAAGUUCACGUGGACUUUUAGAUCCACUUUUCCCUCAAACGGCGAACCGUCGGGGGUCACGUGAUCAGAGCCAGACGUCAUGUUUGCGGUUCUCGACUGGCGUUUUAACGUUAAGAGGUAGAUUUUAACGUAAGUCAUUUAUCUCAACUUUAUUUGCCUUGAAUUUUAUUUCAUGCCACGUACAAAUGCUGAAAUCGAAUAAACUAACCCUUUCAGUUUCUUCAAAUUGGUUACAAUUUUUAGGCAAAUAAGCAAUUACCUCGCCUUUUCAAAAGGCCAACGGUUGUUGUUUGUAGAAAGGCACUGAUCCUAAUUGGAAAUCCAAUAUAUUUAUUUCUUCAGAAAGCUUCACCAGCUUGACCAGCAACGCGCAUGCGCAUCUCCUGUCCCCUCCUACGUAUUGACGUAGACUGAUGAUAAGGUAGAAUUAAUUAAGACAACUUAAUUUUUUGAUUUUGGUAGAGCUAUAUAAUACGACACCUAUUUCCGCGAGUUUGAUUAUGAAAUGGCGUGGCCGAGUGAUUCAGGGAGCUGCAUUGUCCUUGCGUUAUAAAUCUUGGAACAUUUCUUAGCUGUCUUCACUAAAACAAAACACACCCUGAGAAUAAUGCGACGAUAACAUCCAAACUUCGUUCACUUUAUUGACUCUUUCUAUUUUAUUUUUCUAUAAAUUAAAAUUUAUCAACUACGGCACGACCUCAAUCAUGAACAAAAAAGCAGAAAAUUGGCAAAAAAAAAAAAAUUGGGAUCUCUUGGAUCUCUUAUUAAAAAAAUAUUCUCGCAAAACAUUGUUGUAAAUAGGCUGAUAAAUAAACCCUGACUGAAAUGUUUUCAACUAUACAACACCGUGAGAACUGCAUGGAUUCUGGGUUUUUUGGGAACAAGUGACCGUUAGGAGAGGUUCGACUGAGUUUCGAUGUUGUAUGUAAAUUACACGCGACUUGUUGUAAAUCGCAAAAAUUACGAAAUGACUGAUUUUGAGUUCUCUACAUAACAAAAAACCGUCUCUUAUCGAAAAAAAUCAGAGCCUGAAAAACAAAAAAAAAAUGCCAAUUUCAAAAUCAACUUCCCGCAGAAAUUUUUUGACGGUAGUAUUGAACGCAGUUAUUGUUGCCUUCAGUCAAUUAAAUAAAACGGUAUCAGUUGAAAUUUUUGGUUUGUUUGUUAACAUUUGCCAGCAGUUAGUCUACAGAUUCUUUUCGUGACGAUUUUGAAAAAUAAAACUAGUAGGUACGGAAGCUUAAAGAUGAGUACUGAUGAUAUGGCAGCUUCUGCUUAACGAACGUGGAAGCCGCUAUCUUGAAUUUCCUGAAGAUAUAAGCGUUCAUGUCCUGUUCUUGAUUCGGUGCAUCAGGGUUCCUCAUCAACAAGCGUAAUGAUCGCUUUACAAACGGCGACAGAGCUGGCACAUAUGCUGUUUACACUUAAUGAAAACGUGUCACAGGACAUCAGCUUUGAUUGUUGUUUUAGUGCUGGUAAAACGGUCGUUAUCUGAGAUUUGAGGAGAUAUAGCAGCAACUAAAACCGAUAGUAAUCUUAACAUUUUACUUGACUACCUUCAUUUGUAAAACGGAUAGAACAAUCAUUUGAAGAUACUGUUUUCUCAGAAAUUUGGCAUAAAAAGUACUUUCCUUUUUAAACACUUUCAAGGACAAUAGCGUUGGUGAUUUCUUUUUACUGGAGGCAUUUUAAAAUUGUACCAUUCAAGAAAUUUCUGUUUUUUGCCACAGAAACAGUUUCCUGGCUUACGGCCGUACAGUUUAAAACGAGAUCGUGGACGACUUAAGAAUGACUGAUUAAAGUAAAAUUGAACGAAAGCAACCGAAACAAAUCUACCCCUGAUUCAAUCAGCACAAAAUAAACAACACUACUUUAAAAAAGUUUAUCUACAAAUCUCAACAAACUUUUAAACCAUUAAAAGAAAUCCCAUAAUUUUUUCUUUGUUUGAUUAAUACACCGAUGAUUGUAUUAAUCAAAAUACAGCCUCAGAAAUAGUCAAUGUUUUCAACAUAAACAAAAUCAUUACAUAUAUUCGCCAUAAAUUGGCUAGUAUCAAACAGGACAUUCACUUGCCUUAGAGAAGGAUUAAUAUAUAAAUUAAACUGAUUUCUUCAAAGAUGGUGCGAAUAUUAUCAGAUAAGCCUGUUUGUUGUCUCACCCACGGGGCUAACAGUGUCUUUUUGAAGUUCAGUUAAACACUUUAUCUUUGCUUCAAAAGCGUUGUUUUGCUAAUAUAAUUGUGCCUGGAAAGGACGGUGUAAGUGGAAUAAAUCAUGAGAGAUAACCUGGCCUUUCACACGUAGUAGCUGAAAGCACUGUGCCUUAUAAACCCGACACGUUUCUAUUCAGAAAAUAACCAUUUAUUUCAAUAUUCAAUCAUGUCAUACACUAUGAAAAUAAGCGAUAUUUUUAAAGUUGAACUACGAAGAAAAAAAAAAUUGAAACAGGUUAAUUUUGAAUCGUAAACAAAUUACAUAACUUUCACCUGGCUGCAUAAUUGAUUGCUUUCCAGAGGUCGUCGCUUAAGACACAAAGACAACCAACUGACAAAAAUAAUGCAGCACCAAAAGAGACUAAUUGUGUAUCAUUUAAUGGAAAACAACACAGCUUACAUCCUCCUAAAGAAAGGACUUUUCGAGCGCUUUUCUUUACUUCCUGAUAUAUAAUUACCGAUAUUUUAGCUAUUUCCAUCUCAUCGCUUUUCUCAAAUCUGUAUGGUUGGAUAAUCCUUCACUCUAACCUCCCCCAUUAAUGGCAGGAUAUGGCAGUAAAGUAUAUUCUUCUCUAUUUCUUUGUGAUUACAAUGUUCUUGGAAAAUAAUUUAUUUGAAGAUUACGCCGCUCAAGUCCCGCUCACAGUCACCAGCAUUUCAUUGGCCGAGUGAAGGGCUUCAUUUCCGAACGUCUUUCUUCAACAAAGGAUUUGGAGUACGGCAGUAAAUAAUGAAGAUCAUUCCACACCUGCUUUCGGAUGUUGUCGGCAAAUUUAUCUCGUUAUAUAUAAAGCGGUUUCUUCUCUUCCAUUCCUAUCUGUUGUUAAGUGAAUCUAUUCCACUACAUUUCCUCUUGCAUUGGCAAAAAAAGUGUCUUCCAAUUAAAUGCAAGAGUUCUCUCCUGAGGUGAAUCAGAUAGCAAGGUAAACAGCUCUUAAGUAAAGCACCAACCAAUGAUAAAACUGUGCUAGCUUUUGGUAUAUAAUGAAUGUAACUCGUUCAUUUAAAACGUUUGCUUUGACAGUGGAACGAUCAAAGACUGGUGUUCCUCGCUUUGAAAAGACCUGCUAAUUGGGUUUGCUCAUCAGCCAGGGUAAGAUACCUACGCGACUUACAGUUGAGCUGCCUCUGGAUAUCAAGCAAGUAGCGAACAAGGAGGAAGAUUGAAGAAAUAUCUGCUUUCGCUUCUCUUCGGUAGGUGGUUUUGUAAUUUUGCCCUACUCACUUGUAUUGGUUUUGCCUGGUGUAAAAAAAAAAACAUUGCUGCACCAGCUGUGCACGUUUCUACCUUUAAACAAUGUUUACAGAAAACAACAAUGACGGUGUGCGCGCAUAAAACUUGAGAAUUUUCAAUUAUCAUGACUUGUUAUGUUUUCAGCACCAUUUCCACCAGCCAAGAUAAGAUUUUAAGUUUGUGGCUAAUUCUUCGCCAAUUGUUGCCUUUAAUGAAUUUUCCAUUUCACUUGUAAACUAAAGUUGGAUUUAAUCAAGGGCAACAGAAAGGGCUUGUGAAACUGUUGCAAUUACCUGAGCUUUGACCGUGCUAUUCUGAAUAGACACUGUUCAAAAUUUCCUUCCUACUGAAGGGAUCGUAGAAUGAGAAUUUUUUCACAUUACUAUUCAAAAUGAGAUUCUAAAGGCCUAUGGAAAUAUCUUAGUAAAUCACACCGUGCGAAAAUAAAUGAAAAGUAAAUAUGUGAAAACCACAAUACUACGCGAGACAUAAUAAUAAGUAAACAAUAUUGCACUUUAUGAUUUCAGAGCCUUGUUUGGCACGUUUUCUCUAGAAAAAACGUAAAUGUGGCUCCUUAUUUGUCGUCACUUGUGUUAUAAUGAAAAAAAAGAUUUACCCAAUACACAGUUUUGGCAUAAAAUGACAAGUUUAAUCUCAAGCAAAUUUUUAUGUCUAGUAGCAUAAGAUACAAACGUAAACAAAGAAGUGACACAAAGAUUUUACAUUUGCUGAACCAAUUUAAACAUUUGCCACUCUGAAUUAUGGUCCAAUUAACACAACGUGGUCAUGCUUAUCUUUUAAAAAAAAUGGUGUUUGUACUCAUGUGUAAAUAUACAUACACCCUUUUUCUAAUUAACAGGAUCGUUUUUAUUUAACAAGUAUUAUUACUUUAUUAAUAUUUUAUCAACCUAUCAUUUUGUGAAGUGAAAUUUAAUUAAUUAAUCGGUCUAAAUUUUGAUGGGCUCAUGUUUCUCCCAUAUACAUUCAAAAAACGUCCACCAUAAGAAUCGUGUAUGCAGAAAAACAAUUCUCCUUUACUACAGAACAGAAAUCAGUUUAGAAGACAGUAGCUGCAACACAGCUGUCUCCUUGGUCAGCGGUUAGGAGACGGAACUUAUUUUAUUUUUUUGGCCGCUGUUCAAUAAACACAAAGGUUAUGCAAAUACCAGUGUCAUAGAUAGAAGAUCUACUAUUAACCUUACAACUUCUUAUCUUACAAGUUCUUAUCUUCCUGCGACUUACAUCAUCGAACGUUUGCUCAUUUCACACCGUUAUGGAGGUGACCUGCAUCAGCGACUUGCAGCAACGGAGCAGUACUGAAAGCACGCGUCGCAAUCGACAGCACGGAAAAUUUGUGGUCCACAUGUUCAUUAUUCUGAAUCUUCAAGUCUUCCUAGUGGUUAAAAAAAGUAAAUUUGCCUCCGGAGAUAAAGCUGUUGGGUAUAAUUAAUCAAAAUUGUGCUUUACGAAGUAUUGAUGAAUAAUUCAUCAAAAUUAAACUGAAAGUUACGCUAGCUUCACGCAAACUUACCCGUUUAAUAAAAACACUAUUAGUUACAGUCAGUAGAUAAUGUUGUGCUCCAAACUCGUGGUUCUUAUUUAACUUGGUUUGGAAAGAAAAGUGACAUUUUCGUAUCAACAUCACACUUUCUCAAUGAACUUCAUUCGCCGCUUCUUUUGCCCCGAGCAAUCCUAGUUUAUUUCAUUAUUCAAAAUCCUUUGUUUUUUAGUUUAAGCAGUGUUGCUAAAUGAUUACGUGAGAAGUAUCUCUUUAGAAAACCCGAAAUAAGAACACCUAGGACAAAUGAAUGAGUGAAUGAAUAAAAACAUUGAUUGAAGUUGACCGAUCUUUCAAAACCACCUGGAAAAUUUGGCAAGAUAAUAAUCCCUUCCCAACCAAUUCGCAUGAGAAUAUUAAGUGCAAGAAAAUGAAACAGCGCACAUUGUACAUGAAUCAGCUGUUAAGCAUUCGAGAAACUGAAUAUGUUCACCUUUAUUAAAUAAAGGUGCUAUUGGCACACCAGGACCCAAUAUCUUAAUGCCUUUUUGUGUACUUGAGAGUAGUAAUUUCAAGGGUCAAAAUCUAUGAAAACUUAUUUCGCGAACGUAGAUUUAACAAAGGCGUCCGUUUAGCCACCUUAGUUGAAAUCUUUUGUGCAUCGUUUAUCGCACAUUAGGAAGCUUUGUUCGCGCGUAAAUUACCCGUGGAUGCAGUUUGGCACAAUCAUGCAAAUUUAGAGCGAAUCUAUGUUGCAAUGUUGUUAAGUUACCGGUUUCAUUAGUUUCACAUCGAUGCGCUCUUUUUCACCAGUGAACCGACAUGCUCUCUAGAUUUCAGACUUGCGCCAUUUGAGCUUUGCGGAAUUGCGCGCAUUUCCUCAAAUUUCGAGAUUCGACGAGUAUAUUUGGAGCAAUAUUCUAACAAAGAAGAACAGUUCCGUAUCCUAGAAAAGUUAUAAGCUUUAAAAACACAAAGAUAUUGUUUGUUUAUCGCCUCGGAUUUACAUUUGUUAACAUUUGGACUGUAUCUUGUUGCGUUCAAUCAGGAAUGGAUACAAUGGUGAACCUUACAAACGCGACGUCAAGUGUAUUGACAGAAGCUGGGCCAUCAUCCACCAGCAACAUAAACCCGGGACCAACAAAUAUCGUGGCAGCUUUGUUCGUCGCACUGCAGAUUGUAGUUGCUCUUGGCGGAAAUUUCAUCGUCAUUGCAAGCUUUUACACAUUCAGAGAUCUUCGCACAAAAUGCAACUUCUUCAUUAUCUCUCUAGCAAUCAGCGAUAUUCUGGUGGCCUUGAUCGCCAUGCCGUUCUGGUUAACCCUCCAGCUGACCCAGAAUAAAUGGAUUUACGACACGAGACUCAAACAAUUUUGGGAUUGUAUGGAUAUUCUGUGUGGAACUGCGUCCAUCAUGAACCUGACGGCGGUGAGUUUUGACCGCCAGUUGGCGAUCACGUCGCCGUUCACAUAUGUUAAAAUCCUGACAACUCGGCGCGCUAUUUGUAUCAUAUGCUUCGUAUGGUGCUACGCUGCAGCCAUUUCAUCCUCGGUGCUAAUCCAAAGCCCUAGACACAACUGGCCAUAUCCCAGUUAUCUAUGGUUCGUAUCCAUUGCGAGUUUCUUUCUACCUUUAGUUAUAAUGCUGGUUAUGUACGCUCGGAUUUACCUUGUGGCACGGUACCAGGCUAGGCGCAUCGGAAGAAACUACGCAACAGAUAUUAAAGCCGCAAAGACAAUAGCAGUUGUGAUCGGAGGAUUUGUAAUCUGUUGGCUCCCGUUCUUCAUAGUCGUUCUGUCGUUCGCAAAUCGAGUGAACUUUGGGCUCACUUUUCUUAACGUAGCCAAGUGGCUAGAAUACUUAAACAGCUGUCUGAACCCUGUUAUUUACACUUGUUUAAACCGAACUUACAGAAACGCGUUUAAAAAACUGUUUCGCCGCUGCCGCUCAAAAAUCAAAAGAGAUCACAGAGAACACUCAAGCGGCAAUACCUUGCUGACAAUGGGCGAGACAAAAGCGCCGAUGACACCUGAGGAACGCGAAAGCUUAUAUACUCAAAACGGGCCUAAAAGCCCAAACCUUGAGGGCCACGAGGACCUAAAUGAAAACAUUCCACUCAAAGAAAACCUCACCGAUUCAAAAGUGCUGACAAACUGUAAUAAAUAAAACAAUGUACUAGACCCAUUCAGCCCCUAGAAACUCUGCAUUUUUAAAGUAUCAUGUACAAGACUAUGAUCCGAGUAACAUCCAUCAGUUAAAAGGAAACUUAAGCGACGUCAAGACUCUAAGAGACAAAUAAUGAAAACAAAACAGAAAUAAGGAAAGUAUGAAAGUGUGCUUCAAAUAACAAAUAUUACAACACCUUAUCCAGAAACGGUUGAAAACAAAAAGAAUUCAGCAUAGUUCGGUCGAGAGCUUUGAACAAAUUUAUUAAAGAGUCAUGACCUUUUGACGGCGGAGAAUAAUAAAGAUGUCGGAAAAAGUCAGUCAAAUAUUUUGAACUAUAAAGUAAUGUUUAUCGUUCGAUAUUCGUAAAUACCUCCAGGGUAAACAAAGUUAAGUGUAAACUCAAAGUAUUUGUAGAAUUUUUAAGACAUGCCUAAAUUUCAGAAACAUGUGUAUCAUUAAAGAGUUAGUAUGACUGGUUUGAAAUGCUUGGUGGAGAAAGCCGGCUGCAUGGAACAGAAAGAUUGAACUAUAAAUAGGACAAAAAUAUGACAGAUCAUCCAAA